AAUUUCCGGAAGUAUCUGUGCAAACGAAUGGAGUGCGGUGCGGCUACUGUUUGUGUCUUCUAAGCACAGACCCCUCUGCUUGGGCCGUUGUGUGAUUGUUUUUGUGAUCUGAUACGUAAAGUUCGGGUCGUUGUGGUGUGGUAUUUUUUUAUCUUUUUAUAACAACGUUGCUGCUUUUAAUAGGGAUUUGUUAAAUUCCGCAGUUUUUUUAUGAUGUCUGUGCUGUGUUAUAAUAAAGGUUGCGGACAGCGCUUUAACCCCGAGGAUAAUCCUGAUGAUGGUUGUACGUAUCAUCCUGGAGUACCCGUGUUUCACGAUGCCUUGAAGGGGUGGUCUUGCUGUAAAAGACGGACAACUGACUUUUCAGACUUUUUGAGCAUCCCAGGUUGUACAAAGGGUCCUCAUAACAAGGAGAAGCCUCCUGAGCCUGUUAAGACAGAAGAUAAAAAAGAUUCAACAGAGGAUCUAAAAUCAAAAUUCAAUGAAUAUGUGAUUCAGGGCCCAAAACCGGUAGAAAGUUUCCAAAGACCAAGUGCCGAUGAGCCAUUUGUAAGGCUGCAAUAUAAAGUUUCACCUUCACUGAAACAGGCUUUAGAAAAAUUAAAACUCUCAGAAGUCAAUGAUCAAGAAAAGUCAGAAAACGAGGGAGAAGAAGUGAAAAUUGGUACAUCGUGUACAAAUGGAGGCUGUUCAAAGACUUUUGCUGGGCCGGAAAGCAAUGAGGAGACCUGUCUAUAUCAUGCUGGAGUACCUAUUUUUCAUGAAGGGAUGAAGUACUGGAGCUGCUGCAAGAGGAAAACCUCAGAUUUUAACACCUUUUUGUCUCAAGAAGGCUGUACAAGAGGAAACCACUUCUGGAGAAAAAAGGACUCUGGGAAAAAAAUUGUGCCCUGUAGAUUUGACUGGCAUCAGACUGGAAGUCAAGUGGUAAUUUCAAUCUAUGCCAAAAAUGCUGUCCCAGAACUGAGCUACGUGGAAGGAAAUAGUACUGUGCUAAAAAUUCACAUCAUAUUUGAAGGCGAAAAGGAGUUUGAUCAAGAAAUUAACUUAUGGGGUGUUAUUGACGUGAAAAAAUGCGUUAUGAACAUGUCGGCUACAAAGAUUGAAAUCGCCAUGAAGAAAGCAGAGCCAAUGUCAUGGGCCCGACUGGAUCUGCCUCCUGCAAAGAUCUUGCAAAAGGAGAAAGACAGUGAAAACGGUGAUGUUGACGAUUAGUCCAGUUAAAUCUACUGUAUAUGGUGGAGAGCGACCUUACAUCAGCAGUACAAAGAUAUAGCAAUGUUGUGCAGUGCUAUAGUGACUUAGUUCAAACCCAGAUGAGGCUCAGAAGUCUGAAAACAUUGCAAUUCAAAAAUCAGACUUAAUCAUUUAGAGCAUCGAACUGAAAACUAGAGACAUUAUCUACAGGUUACCACAGCACCUCUGUAGUUCAGGUCCAUAAGUCUAGGUUGUAUCAUGGGAGCAAAAGUCUUUACAUUACCAUCAUUGUUACAUAAUACUUGCAUUUUAUAUUUCUUUUCUGUGCCCUUUGAUGCCUUUUUCUACUUUAGUUAUUAGUGUAACAGCACGGUUUAGUUUCCAAUAACGUGACUUACAAGAUUUUGUUUAAUGCCUUCUUAAAAUGGAUUUUCACUGACUGAAGUUCUUAAAUGAUUGCAAUCAGACAUUUUUUAGAUGUUUUCUUUUUGUAUUUUCAAUAAAUGGGUCUAAAACAAUAUUAGUGAUAUGUAGGCUGUACCCAACAAUUCUUUUGGAGAAUUCAGAUCUCUUAACUUAAAAUGUUGACCUCUCAGACUUGUACUCAAAAUGCAUCAAUUGGUCUGGUUUAUAUUAAUGCAUCUUUUUCUGCCUUUAGCUAGAUUUUAAACCUAAGUGGGUCUUCUCUGCUGGUGUGCUUCUGUCAAUUGUUAAAAUUCAAAUUAAAAUCCAGAUUAAGCUGCAUAUUUAAAAAAUAAACCUGCAAAGAAAAAAGUCAAAAAGCAUC